AUGGCUUCUCGAGCGUUGCCGCGCGGACUCGUCCGCACCAGACCAGGCACCAGCCCGCGAUGCGCCUUGACAAGCUCGCUGUGGUCGCUCCCCGCGCUCCACCGAGGGCGAGGAAUUGCCACGACCUAUCUGAAAAAAGUGGCCGACGGAGAGGAGCGCUGGGCAGAGAGAGCGGCAAAGAUCGAAAAGGGCGAGCUUCCGCAUGUGUGGGACAUUCUCGACGAGCGAGGCUACAUGAAGGACAUUGCUGGAACACCCAAAAAUAUCAAGGAGACGAUGCGCGUCAAGCGAAUAGGCGCCUACGUUGGCGUCGACCCGACCGCCGACUCGCUGCACCUUGGACACUUGCUCCCCAUGAUGGCCCUGUUCUGGCUGUGGUUCCAUGGGCAUCCGGCCGUGACGCUCAUCGGCGGCGCCACGGCGCGAAUCGGCGAUCCCACCGGCCGUAUGACGAGUCGCGCCAUCGUGUCCAACGGCAUCAUUGCCAAGAACAUCACUAAGAUGCACUAUCAAAUCUCCAAGAUCUGGGUAAACGUCAUCGAGCUUAAGCGAAAGUAUGGAUACCCAGACGACUGGGCCGCCAAACGUCACCUCCUCAACAACAGCAUGUGGCUGCAGGGCCUGUCCAUGUACGACUUCACAAAGGCCAUCGCCAGGCAUACCAGGGUCGGGCCUAUGCUUAGCCGAGACACGGUCAAGCAGAGGUUAGAAGGGGGCGAGGGCAUAUCCGUCGGCGAACUGCUCUACCCCCUGUUCCAGGGGUGGGACUUUUGGCACAUGUACAAGAAGCUCGGCAUCCAGAUGCAGAUCGGCGGCUCCGACCAGUUUGGAAACAUUGUGUCUGGCAUCGAUGCCGUCAAGAUCAUCAGGGAACAUGAAGAAACCGGGUUCACUGUUCCGCUGCUCACGGAUUCAUCCGGCGCUAAGCUUGGCAAGAGCGACGGCAACGCCUUAUGGCUAGACGAGUUCAAGACUUCGGCCUUUGACCUGUACGGAUACUUUGUGCGACGAUCCGACGACGAAGUCGAGAGGCUGCUGAAGCUCUUCACCUUUCUGCCCAUGGACAAGAUUCAGGAGAUCAUGGUGGAGCACCGCGAGGACCCGACCAAGAGGCUGGCGCAGCAUAACUUAGCGUUUGAAGUCUUGUCGCUGGUGCACGGCUCUCAAAGAGCGUUGGAAGAGGCGCAGCAGCAUGAAUUCCGUUUCGGUGGAAAUCUACCCAAGAUCGUCAAGGUGCCGACGCCAGAGAGCGGCAUCGUUGUUCCCAACAACGCCCCUCGAAGCGACAUUGAGCUUCCUCGGUCCGUCUUGAAACUAUCACCCGCCAGGAUCCUCUUUGCAUGCGGCCUGGCCAGCAGCGCCAGCGACGGCCAGCGUCUCGUCUCGCAACAGGGCGCAUACGUGGCCGCCCAGCCUGGCCAGAAGAGGGGGCUCGUUCCGGGCAGCCUCAACUGGACCCCCAUCAAGAUGUGGUUCCCCGAUGAGACCCUCAGGUAUGUCCUCGACGAACGCUUGCUCAUUCUCCGCAAGGGCAAGCAUAAUGUUCGCAUCGUGGAGCUCGUCUCGGACGAGGCCUGGGCAGACAGCAAAAGGGUCUAUCCCGGCGAACCGUUCAAGGGGCUCGUGAGACGCACCAAGGAAGCGAUGCGGGAGCAGGCCGAGGCUAGAGGAGAGGCGCCGAUGCGGGCAAAAGAUUUCAGGGUGCAACUAUUGGAGCAGAAGAAGCUGUGGGUGGCCAACAACCCGGAUAUCGAGCUGCCGACCAAGCGAGAGCUCCGCGAGCAGGCACACUGGAAAAAGAGAGGCUCUUCUAGGUCGCGCUCUAUCAGAUUGGGCUCUCCAAAGGCCGUCUCCACCAGGACGGGCCCUCCCAGAAAAGGCUCUCCCAAGAGGGGCUAUAGUAGGUCGGGCCGUAUGACGAGCUUUGGCAGGUCGAUCUCUGGCGGUUCAAACUCUGGUAGCUCGGACUCUGGCGGCUCGAACUCUGCUUGGUAA